CUGUGGUUCGUUCUGCGUUUUAGCAUAUGCCCACUCAAACGACAUACUAGAGGUCGAACACUAAGAUGCAGAACAUUGACGAAAGUAACGAUGAUUAUGCAACGUACUUGAAGAAGGUGAAGGCUAUUUAUCGUGAACGAGUUAAUCCAAAAAAUAGGCAGGAAAGACUGAUUAAGUUUGAAGAUCGCCUCGACAAGUCAGACCUAACUCGAGAAAUUAUCAUCAAGCACGCCCCUGGCAAGUAUAUGAUGCAAUGGCGUGGACUCUGCCUCAUCAAAUACCCAAUUGACCUCGGUAUUUACCAACUGAUGCUCCAAGAAAUCAAACCUCCCACUAUUAUUGAGAUUGGAACGUUCAAUGGAGGCGGAGCUGUUUGGAUGGCGGAUAUCAUGAAGAUCCAUGGCCACAAAACGCAUGUUUAUUCUAUGGACAUUGACCUAUCGUACUUGGAAGUGGGGCUCAACGACAGGGACGAUAUUACCUUUAUUCAUGGCGAUUCUUUCAAGAUAAGUGAGGCGUUCCCAGAAGACAUGUUGAAGAAUCUGCCACACCCCUGGCUUUUGAUCGAGGAUGCCCACGUGAAUAUAACAAACGUCUUGGAAUAUUUCGAUAAAUAUACCCAGGCUGGGGAUUACAUCGUGGUAGAGGACACACAUCCUGAUAUCCAAACUCGUCUUGGGUUUGGUUUACUGAAAGACCUCGGUGAAUAUGAAGCAAUAGGAACCACUUGGAGCAUGGAUCCGUUCAAAGAGUUCGUAAAGAAACACGGAAAUAAAUAUCGCGUGGAUCCUGCCUAUUCCGAUUUGAACGGCUUCGCCACAAGGGCAGGGAAACUCCACAGAGCAGAGCUCCACUACGGGCACCCAAAUAUGGCGUCGUCGUCAUAAACUCGUUAGAACAGACGCUGUUUGAUGCAAAUAAAAUCGAGAAACCGUACAAAAUAAUGCGU